UUAAUAUAGGCAAACAACGAGAAGCAAGAAAAAAAAAGAAAAAAACCCAUCAAAAGCAGCAUGUUUCUUUUCUUUUUCCAACUUUCUUCUCUAAUGGCAACUUAUUCUCUUCUGAUCUCCCUAGUCAUUUAUGUCAUGGCGUUUUCAAUCAAUCUGUCGCAUGCAGACCCGAGAACAGACCUUGUUUUGCGUACGUGUGGCAAAGUGCGCGUUCAAAAUGUGUCAAACUACUUCAAGUACUAUUCAAGCAUCACAGAUUACAUGCAAGAUGAGAUUUAUCGCAACAAGUUUGCAUUUAAGGAUACAGGAGAGCCGCCAGAUCGGUUGUAUGUGCUUGCCCAAUGCAUGGAUGAUCUAACUAACGAUGAAUGUGCUAUGUGUUUCUCGCAAAUUAGUACUCUCAUCCCCAGUUGCUUUCCUAGCACCGGUGGUCGCGUUUAUUUUGAUGGUUGCUUUAUUAGGGCUGAGAAUUAUAGUUUCUAUCGUGAAGCUCUUGCCCCUGAAGAUACGAAGAGAUGCAGUGGCAUUGUAAACAAGGGGAAAGAAUUUAGCGUUGCAGUAAAGGAAGUGCUGAGUAAGAUGUUAUUGAAGGCUCCGAGUUUCCGAGGCUUUGCUUCCAAGCAUGAGACUUCAAAUGGCAUAUCUGCCUAUGGGAUGGCUAACUGCUGGAAGAUCUUGGACCAUGAUUUGUGUUCCAUUUGCCUGUCAGAGGCGGUUGCAUCUGCCUUAUCAUGCAUUCCAUCUACGGAGGCUCGUGUGCUUAAUGCUGGCUGCUUUCUACGCUAUUCUGAUGCUUCAUUUGCCAAUGAUUCUAAUGGUGAAUACUCCAAAGAAGAAGUAUUUUCCUACAUCACAUACAUUAUGGGUGUGGUUCUGAUCUGUGUAAUAGCAAUAGGUAUUGGUGUUUGUGUGGGUAAGCUUACCUAUAGAAGAAAGAUCCGUCUCAAGCAAUCGAAAGAGACGGAGGACUUGUUAUUAGAGGAGAGGGUGCAGUACAUGCAGUUCAAGUACGCGACACUUGACACGGCAACUGAAAGUUUCAGUGAAACUAAUAGGUUAGGAUGUGGAGGAUUUGGUGAAGUAUUUAAGGGAACCUUACCAGAUGGUAGAGAAAUUGCAAUAAAGCGAUUAUAUAUUAGUAGGAAAUUUCGAGUACAAGAGAUUCGUAAUGAAAUGGAAAUUAUUGGUAGAGCACAACACAAGAACUUGGUUCGAUUCCUCGGUUGCUGCUUCACCAGCAUUGACAGCUUCCUUGUCUAUGAAUACCUAGCAAACAGAAGCCUGGAUCUCAUUUUAUUUGAUCCGGCAAAGAAGAAAGAACUUGAUUGGAAAAGGAGAUUUCUAAUUAUCGAAGGAACAGCUGAAGGUUUGGAGUACCUCCACAAGUAUUCUCAAGUGCGGAUCAUUCAUAGAGACAUCAAAGCAAGUAAUGUCUUACUAGACUUGAGACAUCGACCAAAAAUCUCAGAUUUCGGACUAGCAAGAUUUUAUUCCUGUGACCAAUCCCUCGUCAACACUGCCAUUGCUGGAACACUGGGGUACAUGGCUCCAGAAUACAUUGCCAAGGGAAGGUUAACUGAGAAGGUGGAUGUCUAUAGCUUUGGAGUUCUCGUCAUCGAAAUGAUUACUGGAGUACAAAACAACAAAUAUCAAUCCGAGAAAACAUAUGAAACUCUAGUUACCUGUGCAUGGAAGCAUUUCCAAUCAAACACGGUACAAGAGAUCAUUGAUACAAGUAUGACGAUUGAAGAUGCUGAAGAAAUCGAAAGAGUUGUUCAGAUUGGUCUAUUAUGUACUCAAGAGUCACCAAAUUUGCGGCCAACGACGACAGAAGUAGUUCAAAUGCUUAGGAAAAAGGAUGUUGAAUUGAGUUCACCAUCCAAGCCUCCUUUCACAGAUGAACUUAUGGAAUUACAUUAUUUAGGCAGCUUGGACCAACAGCAUCCUUCUACCUUUGGUUUGUGAAUAUGACUGCUAGCUAGAAUUUGAAAAUAGAAAGAAUUUUGAAGUUUAGAACAUCGUAUUCACACCCACACACAGGUUUUGUCAUGUGAUUUUGCCAUAUGUAUUAUUCAACUAUUAUAGACUAGUUUGAAUUAUU